CGUAUGUGCGUGUGUGCGUGUUCGUUUGAGGGCGCGAAGGUUACCGACCAAAGUCUAGCGUCGAGACGUCGAAACUCAAGACUGCUCAAGACGACGACACUGAGUUCCGGAAGAGGAUUGUCCGUCGACUCGCACGAAAGAACGGGCGUUCACAAGCGACAAGGGGAAGCAUGUCUGCGACGGAGAACGGCGGUGGUGAUGCCGCCGGUAGCAGCGGCGGCUACUGCUCGGCGGUCGUGAAGAAGCUCGGCUUGCAACCGGUCACGCGGUGUAGCCUCGCCAAAUUCUACGCGCCGGCACUCGGCGCUGCAUCCUACACCGCGAUGUCCGUCAACGUCAUGAACCCGAGCCUCGUCGUCAAAGUGUUCCCGAAGAGGGACAUUACGAAUUUCCUGCUGGCUGGCACUCUGGUUGGUACCGGAUCAUACAUCUAUACACGUGAACACAUGAAGACCGCGCCGCAGUCUGUGAGAAUUUUAUACAGUGCUACCGGUGCGGUAUUGUUGAGCCUGGGGUCAGUCUUAAUGUGGGCGGUGAUACGUUCCGUAGUGCCGCCAAGCCCAGUCUGCUGUACAUUAGCUGGCAUCGGCACCGGAGUCGCGCUUCUAAAAGUCGGUUCGAGUUACCUCGAAUUCGUGGACGGGCAAAUAGCGAAAAAGUAGGCUGCUCCUGUAUGCUUUCUCAGCCCUUUUCUUUUCUAUUUUGUAUAUUUAUCUCGAGUUAUUAUGGAAUGAAAUUGUACUACGUCGGAACAAGCAGCACGGCAACUUCUGUCAUUUUGAUUCGUGGAUCUCGAAUCGACGUGUCUCAUGGAAUUUUUCACGCGACGCGAGAGAUUUAUGCAGAGUCAUUCAUUAUUUGAUCCAUCGGAUUCCUGAAAUUUUUCUCGAGUGCUGAUUGUAUGUAAGUAAUGUUUUUACUAUCGCGAAUUUGCUAUACGCGCAUUUCUUUUUAAAAACAACAAAAGACAAGAAAGAAAUACGAGCGGAUACUUCGUAUCCGAUUCCUGAAAGUAUGAAUCGCACAAAAAUGUGAUAUUGGCGAUUCUAGCAUUGAAAUUUUUACGUGUUAACGGACGUGUGUAAUAAACGGUCGUACGCUUUUCUCUUCGCUCGUUAUUCACGCGUCGCCGACACGAUAAAAAGAGCAUGGCAUUUGAUAAAUUAUUUGUCGCGUAAGAUACAUUGGUAAUGCACGCACUUUGAAAUCUUAUAACUGAGAGUAUUCUCGUAUUUCCGGCGCGUUUAGGAAGCUGGAAAGUACGAGCGUCGUACGUACAUCGACGAACGUGUUUUAUAAGCUGCAUAAGAAUGCAUCUCGUCAUAUGUAGAUAACAGUCACCAGCAAAUAUACGAAUAUACGAAUUGUGACACGAUAGAAAAAAAUAA